GUCAAUAAAACAGAUCAUUUGGUCUGGUGGUUCUUCUUUUAGAGUGGCUAAAUUCUAAAUUAAGGAGAAAAAUCAAGGUUAAUAGAAGUGCCCAGACAGGGAAUCUGUUGUGUAUAUACAGUAGAUAGAUAGAUAGAUAUACACACACAAAACCAUUUGUGCUAACUGGAAAAAUCUCUGCUAAUAUAUCAACAGAUAUAUUGACUAAUGAUCCCAAUGUUCAGAAAACCAUUGUUGACAAACACAAUGCCUUGAGGAGAGCUGUGACCCCACCUGCCAGCAACAUGUUAAAGAUGGCAUGGAGUGCAGAGGCAGCUGUUAAUGCUAAGAAAUGGGCCAAUACUUGCUCUAUGAAUCACAGCCCUUCUGACACAAGAAAGAUCAGCACUAGCGGGUGUGGUGAGAAUCUUUACAUGUCCUCCAGUGCAGAUUCCUGGGAUAUGGCAGUCCAGGCCUGGUAUGAUGAAGUCAAAGAUUUUACGUAUGGAGUUGGAUCAACAAAUGGUGCUGUUGUUGGACAUUACACCCAGGUUGUGUGGUACAGGUCUAACAAUGUUGGCUGUGCAGUUGCUAAUUGCCCUGGUUCUAAAUAUGAGUAUUUUUAUGUAUGCCAGUACUGCCCUCCAGGAAACGACCAGAAUUUAUUAACCACACCCUACAAAGCUGGUCCAUCAUGCGGUGACUGCCCAAGUGCUUGUGAAGAUAAGCUCUGCACAAACCCAUGUUCCUACUCGGACAUGUAUACCAACUGUCCUGCUCUGAAAGGGACUUUUGGAUGUGGCCACCCAUCGGUUUUGGCUUGGUGUCCUGCUUCAUGCAAGUGUACAAAUGAAAUCAAAUGAACUGCUCCCUUGAACUUUACAUGCAUGUAACAUCAAUACAAUUUAUUGAUUAAACUGUACUGAUACGUUUGACCUAAUGAUCUAGCAAACACUA